UCUCUAUAUUUUUACGUCACGAGAAUAUUCACGAUGGAUCGCAAAAACAAGAAAGUCUACAAAAUCGUAUUGACCGGAGGCCCUUGUGGUGGUAAGACAACAGGACAAUCAGAACUAUGCACAUUCUUUGAAAAUAUAGGAUGGAAGGUUUACAGAGUUCCAGAAACUGCCAAUGUUCUAUUGAGUGGAGGUAUCAAAUUUUCGGAUUUAAGCGAAGAUCAAGUCGAUAAAUUUCAAGAAAAUCUUCUCCAAAGUAUGAUACACAUAGAAAAUACGUAUUUUGAGCUGGGAAAAUCAUGUGAACAAAACUGUCUGAUCAUUUGUGACAGAGGUGCUAUGGAUGCUGCUGCAUAUAUAUCUAGUCAUAAAUGGGAUCGGAUAAUGAAAAAAAACGGUUUGAACGUGGUUGAAUUAAGGGACAACCGUUAUGAUCAAAUAAUUCAUAUGGUGUCUGCUGCAUGUGGGGCUGAAGAAUUUUAUACAACCGAGGAUCAUACGACCAGGAGUGAAGACGUGGCUCUGGCUAAAAGUCUAGACGUCAAAGCGUCAACGGCAUGGAUUGGACACCCAUACUUUGAUGUCAUUGAUAAUUCGACAAAUUUUGAAAAUAAAAUACGCAGAAUGAUAGCCGCUGUUUGUCAGAAAUUGGGCAUAAACACUGAUGAUACAUUGGCAACAAAUUCGAAAAAACGUAAAUGGUUAGUGAAGUACCUGCCUAAUGAUGAGGUGUUUCCACCGUUUCAAGAUUUUGAGGUCGUGCACUACUACUUGCAGACAUACACAAAAAACAUGCAAUCUCGCUUACGAAAACGAGGACAAAAAGGUCAUUGGAAUUAUACACAUACGCUUCGUAAGCCUAAGGUCCAAGAACAAGUAGUAGAAAUUAAAAUGCAGCUCACUCACAGGAGCUAUUCAAAUCUGUUGCCACUGAAAGAUGAACACCACUACCCGAUAUAUAAAACAAGACGUUGCUUUAUACACAAAAAUCAGUAUUUCCAGCUGGACAUUUAUCGUAGACCUUGCCAUAAAAGGUGUAAAGGGCUAAUAUUACUUGAGACGCAUUCCGUUCUUGGAGAUCAAGAGCUUCUUGAACGCUUACCGACAUUCCUAGACAUUGAAGCUGAGGUUACUGGUUGCGCAGCUUAUUCAAUGUUCAAUUUGUCACUUGUUGAAGACUGGGAAAAAUCAAAUAAAUUUUGUUUCUAG